AUGAGCGGCCAAAACGUGGAAAAGUGGCAGCAGGUGGCCGACCUCAUUGCGCAACUGGGGUUGAUGGGAGCGGACCAGCCGACGACAGCCGCCCAGGUCAACAGAAUGACCACGCAGCAGCUGCUGCAGGACCCAGUGCGAGCGGCCAUCUAUCGCCGGGGUUGGGAUGAUCGGACGGCAGACAUCCAGCGGACCCUGCAAUACCAGCCAAGGUCCACACGGUUGCCGCCGACCACAUCGGCGAGGCCGCCGACCAUUUCAGCGAGGCCGCCGACCGCACCAGCGAGGACGCCACAAACGGCAGGACGAUGGUCGUCACGGCCGCCAGCACCAAGGCCGCCACGACUGUCAGCGCCGAGGCCAAGACAGCCGAGGCCGGCAGCACCAACGGCGGCCGAGGUGGCAGCCGUACGGGUCCCCAACCCCGUGACGAUCCAGGAACCAGCACCGGUACCAGGACCGUCAGGGGCACCCGUCAUAUCGACGGUGAAGGAGCGGACGGAGGCACAACUGAGCGGAACCGUAAAAAGUUCCGAAAGCUAA